UCAAAUUAAAAGUCAGUUUCAAGCGAUACAAAGUCUCGGGUAGGCAGAGAUCACUAAAGUUAAUAUAUAGAGUCCCUGAAAUUCUUUCUCUUUCACCGUUAUUUAGUGUAGAUGUACCUCAGUGUUGCUAUGGAAACUAAUUAAAAUAUCACUAGUUGUAUAUAUAUAUAUAUAUUAAUAUAUAUUGCAGACCGCUGGACUUGAGAGGUUUGUGGAGGUUUUUGCACUAUAAUGGUUGUGGAGGUGGAGAGUUUUUAUGGGGUUUAUAUGUUGUACUGUAAAAACCCCAAAUUUAAGGGGCGCAUUUACAUCGGAUUCACUGUGAACCCCGAGCGGAGAAUCGAGCAGCACAACGCAGGGAGACACAAAGGAGGAGCCAAGAGGACCAGCGGGAGAGGACCUUGGGAGAUGGUGCUUAUCAUCCAUGGCUUUCCAUCUGAUAUUGCUGCUCUAAGGUUUGAGUGGGCAUGGCAGCACCCACACAUCUCUCGCAGGCUUUCCCAUGUGACCAGGCGUACACGUAAAGAGUCCAGCCUGCAGUUUCAUUGGCGCGUUCUAUCCAACAUGUUGCGGGUGGCGCCGUGGAGUCGUCUCCCCCUCACUGUGCGCUGGCUGAGGCAGGAAUACCAUAUGGAGUUUGAGCCACAGCUGCAGCCGCCUCUGCAUGUCCCUCUUGCUUUCGGCUGUGUUCGUGCUAAGAAGAAACAACAGCAUGAAGACCAGGAGCAAGAGGAGAACCGGCUGGACCGGUGUCUACUGUGUAGAGGGAUUGUGCAGACUUCGGAGAGACUGUCUUGCUUCCAUCCUUCCUGUAAGAUGGUCUGUCAUCUGAUUUGCUUGGCAAAACAUUUCUUGAAGUCAGACCCGGCUCACCUUCUCCCCGUAGAGGCCGAGUGUCCUGGCUGCCAUCACUCAGUGCUGUGGGGAAACUUGAUUCGACACAAAAACGGCUGCUAUGGCGACCUUGAAGAGUAUGCUUCAAAUUCUUCUCAGAGUCAUUGGGCAGAUGAGUUGCAAAUAUGAACAAAACUGAUGGUGACCUCAACUUCCAGCACUGAUGGAAUCAAUGAAAGGACCUUCCAUCAUGAGUCCUAUCUGAAUGUAUCAUGUUCUGAAAUGAUGUUUAUUGAAAAUGCAGAAUAUCACGAUUAGGUUUUUCCUUUUUAUUGAAUAUAAAGACUAUAUUCAUAAAGACUUAAUGAAUAUUAAAGACUUUUUUAACCAGAAAAUAAUGGAUCUUGAUGUGAACAACUUUUUUU